CGCCUUCCACAACCACCACCACCACCACCACCACCGCUACCACUACAGGAUCCUCUGAUCAGCCCCGUCGGAAUAAAUCGACAAGCAGUACUCCACCAUUUCAGCUGCCUGAUCGGUCAAAAAAGCUUUCCGUCUCCUCUUCUCAGUCGCGUCGAAAAUCUUCCACCUCCUCGUCGACGAAACUGGGGUUUACCACAAACGUGCCCGAUUUCGCCAAUGCCAAAAUUACCAGUGAUGGCGUUCUCGUUCUACAAGACGGAACUCAGUAUUCGCCUAAUGGUACGUUUUCUUUUUUGUUGUUCUGUUUGAGUGAUAACUGACUGAUCUUUGCAGACACUGUGUUCCUUGUUGCCG